AGCUGCCGCUGUCAUGGCCGCUGUGUUUUGUUGUUUGGCGGUAAUCGACAAGAAAGUGACAUUCUUCGAAAAAGAACUUGUUCACCUGCCCGAUUUACCGUUCUUUAUUGGUUUAGUCUCAAGAUUUUUGAAACCGAAACGCCAACAGACUUGGUGAAGCUUUUUGAACGCAGGUUUCUGGAUCAAACACCCUGAAAUCGCGAUGGUUCAAAUAUCUCUACUCAGGACUCAGGAGCGAGGGCAUCAAACAUGUUUGCGAGCUAUAUUAUCCCACUGGGCGUCGAGUCUUGUUACUACAAUUUAGAAGUCAUCUCCAGAGGAUUCAAGUUUGAAAGUUGUCUUUGAUGGAUUACCUUACAACGUCUUCAUAUAAUUUUUAAAUGGUUUUCAGAGACGAUUAAAUUUGCGGUUGAAAAACUAAGGUGACAAUUAAUUGCUAAGAAGAAAAUUUCUGUAUAUUGGUAUGCAAUAAGUAGUUAUGGAACUCGAAGAUUUAGAAAAGAAUUUAACUGAGGAUACUCUGGGGAUGGGAUGGCAAGACAAAAACGAUCAAACAACAGAUCGUGAUGUGAAUGGCGAAGUGACCCAUGAUUCUGGUGACAAAUUUCAACAGAACCAGUGGCAAUUUUCAGACGAAGGUAAGAGUACUGAGGAGUGUUUCACUAGAAGUUUUACCCACGUUAAGUGAGAAUCAAAAAAAUCUACUAAGAACUGCAGUGGCCAGCGCUAGCUAGCUCAUGCGGCUAAGAGUAGUGUCCCAGGUAUGGGUAGUUUCUUGGUGUUGUGGAUGAGUGCAAUCACCAAAUGACGUAAUAUGUAAAAGGAUUGAAAAGAGAAUCAAGAAUACCCACACAACACAACAAAAGCAAACCAACAAUGAUUAUCCACAACACCAAGAGACCAUAAAAAUAGCUCUUGGUUUCCCCUACAGGACCCCAGAUUUCUUAGAUAAAAGUACCAUGAGUACAGUACAAAGUUUUAGCAAGGUGGGCAUCUGGGUGUGCAGUCUGGUUACUACCCUAAAAAAGUUGUUAGGGAUGUAAAUAAAUUAAAUAAUUAAAUAAUGAUUUGGAGGUAGCACAUUCACAAAGUGGUUCUUUGUCUACCUGAUUCUUGGUCGAAUUGGAAUUUGGAGAUGCUGGUUUUUGAGGAGAGAGGAAAACUGGAGUACCUGGAGAAAAACCUCUCGGAGGAAAGGAGAGAACCAACAACAAACUCAACCCACAUAUGGCGUCGACGCCGGGAUUUGAAACCGGGCCACAUUGGUGGGAGGCAAGUGCUCUCACCACUGCGCCAUCCCUUGCUCCCUUGAUUUGACGUUUCCUUGUGUUUACAAUGCUAUUGUGUUUCUACAAGUGCACAGUUAAUGUGGGGUCAGAUUCAUUUUGUACAUUUGCUCCAGACUUGAGAAUUACAAAAAAGUCGGGCAGUCAACAGUUGUGGUGAUUUAGCGUAGUGGUCUCAUAUAAGGUGCAAUAAACCAACAUAUGAAACUGAAUGUCUCCCAUUUAAUCUCCACCUACGUCCAAAUUAGGAGAAUCUUAAGGGUGAGUGUAACUAUUGAACUGUUGGCAGUUGAUUGGCAACUCUUGUCUCUUUUGUCCGUGGACUUACAUGUGGAUGAAAUUAAUCAGCUGGUUAUUAUAAAAAAUUUUCCUGCUGUAGGACCAAUCGAGUAUGAGAGUGAUCCUUCAUCUGACAUUGACAAGAAUUACUUCAGUGAUCAAGAAUCACUCACUGGGUAAGUGGUCUCUCAAACUACCAAGCACUAUCCCAUUUAGAACUCUUACUUAUUAGGACAACUUUAAUGAAAGUGUGUUUUCUGAUUUGUCUGAUCAAAUAGAUAUAUUCUGUUUGCAAGUUUGAGUAAGUGUGGAUGAAAAUGCUAACUUGUCCUCAGACCAGUAGCGGCAUCUUUAACCUUUUUCCUUGCAAAUUAUUUGUAGGCAAUUGCAUUUCCAGUUUAGUGUUACAGCCAAACAUUCUUCAUUAAUACGGAUACCAAGGGACAGAGCCAACACUGUCUGAGUUAUAGAGGUGUCUGUAUUACAGUCAAACUUUUAAGUGCCAAGGGUGAAAAACAUCAAUAAUUAUUUUCUCCUAACAUCAUCAAUACUCAAUCAAGAGAAUAGGUUAAGAGAAUUGAUAAAAUGAUCACCAAAGGAAAAAUACUCUGACCAUUUUUCAAAUUCUCCCAAGUAGUUCAGUAAGGAAAUGUAUAGACAUCAGUUUGGAGAAUUUGUAUGGAGCUAUUAGGGCUGAAAGGGUUAAUGCAGACACACUGAAGGGACAAAGCCAAGUGCAGGUGUGAACAUUUUCAGAGAUGUCUGUAUUACAGUCAAACCUCAUUUAUUUUAUUUCCUUGGUAAUAAACAAUACUACAUUUACAUAAUUUCCUUUUUAGGAGUAUGGAUGGAGUAGAGGAAGAUGAAUAUACAUCUGAUCCCAUUGCACAACAAACUAGACAGGUUGGAGUUUUUCGCUGACUGACACUGAGCCUUUUUGAGUAGAUCAAUUUAGCACUUUACAGAUACGAUUAAUGAUCUAAAUAAUGCCCCCUCUCAAAGAAACGCUUUUUGUCUUUUGGACGUCCUUUCUAUGAUGUCAAGUUUGUAUUAGUCACCCCGUUCUAAUAACGUCCCCCCUGUCUACUAGACACCUCCCAUGACAGUUACUUCAAAAUACUAGGAAUUAGCAAAAAGGUGCAAAAUCAUACAAUUUAUUCAAUUUCUUGCUUGAUUAAUAAGGGGUUUGCGCAUUGCAUCUUUUUCAAUACCAAGUUCAAAGUAAGGACAGACUAACGAUGAAAACAUGUUUUAAAGAGUGAUAUGGAUCUCUUGAUGGCCUAGAUGUAUCAAUUGAUGGACUAGAUGUUCCACCAUUAAUUUAUAAACUCUCUUGAUAUUUUUUUUAUAGUUUUUUAGAGGUUGUUACAAAAAUGAAAUUAUCUCUUUUAAAUGCCUCUUAUCCAUUAAAGGCUCCCUCUUGGGCCCCCCAAAAUGAAAUAAACCCCCCCUUGUCAUUUAAUAUUAGAUGAUAUACCGUUAUUCUAUAUCAUUCUUCAGGAGAAGAUGCAGCGUUUGGCCCUGAGACGUCAUCUUGAUCAACUAAGUGAACAAGUCCUAGAGAAGGGUUACCUAGUGUCACAGUUUCGGUAAUUACUCACAUAAAAAAAAUUAUGUCAACAGGGUGCCAAGAAAGUUACUUCUACGGCUUGUCCUUAGGGCAAGCUGUAGCUUGCAUGUGCUUACCCAAGGGUCAUGGUUCUUCUGUAAUUUGAAUACCCCCAAAACACUUGACUUGCCCGUUGGGCAAGUUAAGAACAGAAUUCAUUACCAAGAUAGCAAAAUCCACCUUAGAACCCUAGGCUAUUGCACACAACUUUCUUUGCACACUGUCAACUGUCAUCUAAAGGCUGGAGAACCAGCUUAAAUUAAUGAGAAUGCAAGUUACACUAAUUGACCAGACUUAACUUGAAAGAAUUCUGCAUUGCAAACUAAAAAUAAGGACUAACAAUCACUGAACAUAAUUCAUUUAAGUAAGGACCUCAUCUCUAAAAUGUGAGUACCAUUAACCCCAACACCUCAGAGUUAAUUUUGUGGACAUCUUUCAAUGAGCACAUCAUGGGUAACAUCAUAGGUUUGGCGCUAUUUCUGAAAAAUAGUGUAUAAAUCUGAAAGAACAUGAAGUGGAGUCAUCAAAACCACAGCGAUCCAUAACUUGCCAGUUUUUUUUCUUACAGUGAGGAACUGAAAAAAUGCCAGGAACACAUAGAGGAACUACAGCAAGAUAAAGAUGCAGUCAGCAAGGAGAUUGAAGAAGCUCAGUCUCAAACCAAUAUGUAAGCAAGGGCGCUGCUUCAAACUUUAUCGUGCUUAUUCUGUCUCAUUAAUUCAUCAAAUGUUGGCAAUUUUCUCUGGAGUUGAAUUCUAAAAGACUCUAUCAAAGUUCAGGAAAAGAAAAAGAAAGUUGUAGUCUUGUGUUCACUUCAUCCACAAAACAUGAAAUUAGGCAUUUUCACAUCUUAGUCGUGCAGUGACAGCAAAGAAAUGUGCAAUCAAAAGGGGUGAUGCACGUGCAGAGCUGUUGUUUUGCCAAUCUAAACCUUUGUUUUUUUGCCAUUCUGGUUGAUGUUGCCGUCGUCAUUGCUUAAGCUCCCUAACAUUGACAGAUGUAGAGUAUACUUGCUUAAUAAUAUCCAUUACUACCUACAUAAUAAACUUUAUUUGGUAUGUACCUGUGUUUAAUCUUAUUUGUUGCAACAGGGCAUCACUAUACAGACUGCAGGCUUAUCAAUCCAAACUCUGUGCAGAGAUAGAUGCUGAAAAUGAUGUACAGAAAGAAAUUUUACAGAGGCUUCAAGAGGCAGAGUAAGCAACUAUAUAACAUGCAUUUGUAAUACUAUAUAUUUUGGUGUAUAUCUUGUGCCCUAGCCUGUGAAAACAGCUGGUACUUUGUAAUGCCUCCACUGGUUUCCAUGUGAAAUGAUGACUGUGGAACAACUGCAGAAGUUCUAUACUGAUGAUCAUUCAUUCGGCAUAUGACAGCCAUUCAGCAUUUUGCAAAAUACCCCUGCUGUGAAGUUACUGGUAAAUGCAUGCAUUUAAACACUUUAUUGUUUCUGUUUGAUAUAGAUUUGCCCUUGCUCAAGCCACGGUUGAACAAGGAAAGUUCCUUCUUGCGGGAAAGGAACUUGAAAAAGAAGAAAAACUUGUGGAGAAACAAAAAGCUGAUGUGGCUGCUGUUCGUCUGCGAAAGGAAAACAUGAGUGCAGUUGUGUCUGAGAGAAGAAGAAGGGCAAGAGAAAAGUAAGAAACAAUAUUCACCUCCCCUCUUUCAACUACUGCAAUUCAUUCCUGAAAGAUUCUAGUCAACUCCCUUCAUGGCAGACACUGUAGGACCCCAAGUUGGUGUCCUCUUUAGCGAGAGUCUGUAAUAGCGGGAGUUUAUUUCGGUCAAACGUUUGUAUUUUGUUUUUGGCGGGGAUUUAGUUACUGUCCGUUUUAUCGCGGUGUCCACAAGGCAAGAGUUGACUGUGUUGUAAUAUACUGCAAAACAUGCAACAACAAUUAUUAAACAAAGCUGCUAAUAUGGCUUUUAUUUGAAUAGCAACAUACACUGUAGCACAUUUUACUUUCCACAAAUCAGAAGCUAGAUCCACAGCUGACAGAAGCCUUUUUCAAUAUUUUAUGAAAGAGAAUUCUGGAGUUGUUUAGUCCACCCUUGUCCCAGUUUCUGUUACUCUGGGGAUUAAGAGAGACUCUGGAAGCAUAGUUGCGUGAUUCUGAGAUGUUAUUUAUAAGUGGUUAGAUUUCAGUGAUGUGAAAUUUAUUAUUUAUUAACUGACCAUGUAUUAACCUACUGUUUCCCAUCCACCUCUUCGGGAGCCAAAACACGGCAGAUGACUAAGGGGAUGCUAAACAACAACAUUCAUUGUCCAGCUAGAGAGUGACGCUGGUCUUACGAGGCAGGAUCUUGCAUCUGUCAUGGCCAACGAUGGGAAUGGCACAGACUUAUCAAAUUGGUGUGUGGAUGCACCCCUAUAUAGAUGUAACUAUGCAUCAGUUAUUUCAUAUUUUCGCUUCAUCCUUUGCAGGGAGCAUAUAUCUGCUUUGCGAGAUAGAGAAAGAAAACACAGACAGGCCAUUGCUGCAGCAAAGCGCAACAGGGAACAAGCUUCCAAAUUCCUCAAAGAGACAAUGUCCAGGUAUAAGUUACAAUUUUUUAAAAAUAAUGACUGGUGAAAGACCUUCCCUCUGGCCCCCAUGGAUGUGUAGGAGUACUGCAUAUCUAAGAGGCCCCAUUCGGGUAAAAUUUUGACAAGCGACAUGGCCUUGAAACCAUGACAUAAGACUAGAUGAAAUGGCAACAAACGACGCAAAGAUUAGUUAAAUACCUACAGGGACAUGCCCUUCUCCUCAAGAUGGGAAACGACAUUAUUUGAAAUUCAGACUAGGGACAUAUGUUCCCACCCCUAAGAGGCCACAUUUAACACAGUAGCACAUGCAGCAAAAACAAUUUUCUACUUUGUAAUUUCCUGCAACCUCCUCAAGAAGGUUGAGAUUGUCUAUGAAGCCUGUGUGUGAUAUUUUGGUAGGAUGUUGUGAAAAUGUUAGUAAUAGUUCUUUGCUUUAUUUUGUAGAGUACGUCAAAAGGAAGCCGAGGAGGAAGAGAGAUCACGUGAAUACAUGGAGGACAGAAUGCAAGCAAUACUGAGCCUCAAAGGAAACAUAGAAACAAAUAAGGUAUGAUGGGGUAUUUUUUUGAUAACUCUAAAUGCAGAGUUCUGAAAGCCUAGAUUGGUGUUCUAUUAUAAAUUAAUGACCUAGCUAACCUACACAGCAUGCAAAGAAAGUCAUGCUCGAUAGCCCGGGGGUAGUUGAUUUUGCUAUUGGUCUAGUGAAUUCUUUUCUUAACCUCCCCAACAGGUAAGUAAAUUUUUUUUUAGGGAAUGUAGUUGAUUUUGCUUGGAUUGGUCUAGUGAAUUUUUUCUGUAACCUCCCCCAACAGGUAAUGGGGUAAAUUUUUGGGGGGUAUGGAUAAUUUUUGUAACCACACAAUUCAAAUUACUGAAGAACUGUAAUCAAUCCUGCUCAUCCAAAAAUUUUUUUGGGCUAGUAGACACAAGCUACAGUUUGCCUAAAUGGCAAGCUGUACAAGUGUCUUCCUUGGCACCCUGCUAUGCAUGUACAGAUCCAUUGGACGGAUGCUCUGCCAGUCAGUAGUCAAGAGCUCUUGACUGCAGAGCAGGGGGUCAUAGGUUUGAUCCUCGGGGCUGGACCAAUACUCGGGAAUGAAGAUAAUGCCUUUGCUUUGCAAAUGCAACACCUUUGUGUGGCUCAGAUGACCAUAUAAAAGUGUCAUCCCAUCUCCAGAAGGAGACAUAAAAAUAGUUUCCCCAAUUGGUACUUUAGUGUUACAGUAAAUACAUUGACACUCAAGUGAAGUGUGUGUGUGUUUUUUUUAUGAACGUGUAUAGUUAACUUCUAUUUAGCUGCCACAUAAGAGGAAGGGACAAAAUGGCCCCUUUAUAAUGGCUGGCUGCUAAAUAAUAAACAGUGAUUUGCUGACAGUUUUGUCUACCGGAACUCUAGUAUUACCAGAGAGUAGCUGCUUAAAAAAUAAUAGAAGGCAAUUUACUUGAGGUUUGUCUGAAGUGCUAAUCAAUAUGUUUCUAGGAAAAUCUGCGAGCUCUUCAAGCACGUGAUUCUAAAAUAAGGUUUGAGAAAGACGAGGAAGAACUCCGUGAAAGACAAGAGAUUCUAGCACAGGGAUUAAACCCUGACGAGGAACUGACGCGGAGAAAAAGGAUCCGUCAGUUUGAGAAGGACAAAGAGUAAGUAUGGUGUUACAUCACUAGUGAGUCUGUAAGUUUUAAGUACAGCCCUACAAUAUAUUAGAAUUUCCUUUUAUUUGUUGCUGUUCGCAGGGCUUAUGAGAGAAGGCAAAGAGAACGACAGGUAUCAGCAAUGAUUAUUUGAUUUUCUUUGUGACAUAAUAAAAAGAUUUGUCACAAGUCUAUAUACACUUUUACCCAAACCAUCCUGAACAUUUUAUGAUUUGCCAGGUUGAAAUAGUUGAUAACCUUUUGAAAGAGGAAAAGCAAAUGAAAAAGCGAUACCAACAGCAACCACAGCUGUGGCCAGAGAAACAGAGAGAUAGAGUCAAGGUAAUUAAUGUGUCGUUACUACUGUUAAUGACAAAAGUGAUGAUAACUAUGAUGCCCUUGAAAUCGGUGUAGUAGUCCUUUUAGAGUUUCCUAUCUUAAAGUCACAACAUAAUGAAGCAGUAAACAAGUGUUUUCUAGAAUUUAAAAUUUUCAUCCUGAUUCCAGAACAUUGUCAAUGAAAAUAAUGCAUCCAUAGACACCAAAAUUAGACACUAAAGGGACAGAUACAUAAUGGAAAAAAUCACAUCAAUUGAUGUCCAUAUUAUAGAGCAAGGAACUGUAUGAAGUUGUUGUGGAAAAAAAUUAACUGAUAAUAAACAAAAAUAUGUUAUAAUUUUUUAUUGCAGAGAAUAAAUAGAAGGCGUCCCAAGCCUAAGUUCUUCAAAUCUACGAGUGGAUCAUCAUCUGUGGAGUAUAGUGCUGAUGUCGAGGACACUGGGGUAGGGCUAGCAAAGAAACUUCAAAUUGACAUAAUAUCUUCAUUAGUUUUGGGGAUUAAUUUGCAGUUGCUUAGAUUAUUAUUACAACUGUGAUGAUCAUAUCUUCAUGUUAAUAACAUUCAAAUCAUAAUUUAAGAGUAACCCUUAUUUUCUUUUUCACAAAUCAAUAACUGAAAAGAAGGGAAGAAACCUACCCAAUAGAAAAUACCUCUUUUUAGAAAUUUAAAAAUUUUAUCACUUUGUUAUUAUUCUCACAUUGCAAACUGAUUUGCAGACUGCAAAACUGGGGGUCACAAUGAUGAUAAUGAAUAAGUAUUCAACAUGUCAUGGUUUUGCUAUAAGGGAUCUUUUUAAAAUGUUUUGCAGGUGCAUUCAAUUACCACAAUUUUUCUCAUACUUUUAUUAUCUUAAAGGGGUAAUUUGUACUGUUAGUUAAAUGACAAUUUGCCUAUGCACUUUAAAAACUUACAAGUCAAUUCAGCUGUUCUGAAAAGGUCUGUUUAUAGCCUUUUUAUUACUAAAAAGAUGCUUGAUGAUUCUAGGGUCAACACACAUCAGGAAAACUUGGUGCGGUAUCUUCAGAAGAUGAUGAAGAUGAUUUUUCACCAUAUGGGGAGACAAGCCGAGAUGAGGCUAAGGAAGGGUAUUGAAGACUUUUAUUUAUUUACUUAAUUUUAUUUACUUUUAUUAAGCUAUGUGGCUCCUGUGGUAGCCAGUCAAGUCACCCUAAAGUUGUCUCGCUUGAAGUUAUGGCCCCCGAAACCAGAGUUAUGUCGCCUGAAAGUUUUAGUUUAGUUACUAAAAAUUCUGAGUUAUGUGUGGUUCCGGGUGACAUAACAGGUGAGAUGACUUUCGCGUGACUUGAUCAUAAACCAGCCCCAACCCAUGUCUGCCUAAUGAAGGAUUCCACUUAGACAAGUGAAUUGUAUACAAAGAAAUGGGACAAAAAGUUUUGGGCUCACUCAAAUCUAUGUCACUAAAAAACUGUAAUUUGUAGGAUCUGCCUCAUGUGUUGUUUAGUUAAUGCAGGCUCCAUUGUGCAUCAUUAAUACAGUGUACUAGUAGAAAAUUACAAACACACUUUAAAAACAUUACAAAUUUACACUACCUGUAACUACCUACUGUAGCAGAGGCUCUUCAAGGAAGGUACAUGAAGAUAUGCCCUAAAAUAGGAUUUCAAUAAAUUAUAAAUGAAGCAACAAAUGCAUGGAUAUACAAACAAACAAAAAUAAGAUAAUGAAAACCUUUAUGAAAGACGUAGACAAUAACAAUUUAGAAACAAAAAAAUGAAAUAAAAGUUGAAUUAUGCUGUUAACCAGUGUCAUUUGCAGCUAUCAGCUUUGUAGUUUCAGGUACAUGUUAGUUGCUACUGUACUGGGCUGAAUAUUGGCUGAGUUGUAUUUUCUAUUCACUUAUUGACUGUUGUCCUCUGAUAUCUCUUUGUUUUUAGUGACUCAGAUGUGGAAGGAGAGGAAUUGGCUCAACCAGAGUUUAGGGGACUGUGGGAGGAAGGUGUUCAAAAGGUUAGUUUGUAGAUGUUGCGACAAUUAUGAAGUCUUUUUUACAUUUGUAUGCUGGAGAGGCUUGAGAACUGUAAGAUGUGGCUUCAGAGAAAGGUCUUAAACAUCACUUGGUCUGACAAAGUCUGUAGGAAGAAGUAUUGAGGCAUGGUGGUGAGGAGAGAGCCAUAAUAUCUGUUAUCAAGAGAAGACAGAGAGUCCAGCUUGGUCAUAACCUACGGCUUGGUGAUCUUGUCCUAUUAGUUAUUGAGGGGAGAAUGAGAGGAUCGAAAGAGACCACCUGGAAGACCUUGAGCGAGAAUGCUUGAUAGAGUAAAGGACGGCAGCCCUUACAUACCGGUCAAGGGGCGUGCCUUAAGGUCAAGAACUAUAAGGAAGGACCUGCCUGUGGGCAGAACACACACACACGUGUGCAACUGCCAUGGUAUAUGAAAGGGAACUGUUAGAAGGAUGAAAAUUUGAACACUUUAUGAGUAACUGAGAAUGUUAAGGCCUGGAUAGAGGGAUAGGUAGUGGGCAGUAGGGACUUAUGUUUACUGUUUGAGAGGUCUGUGUGGACAGUUUGUCUGCAUUGUAUCAAUAGAUUUAACCUUAUUUUGAUCUGUUGUAUUUAGGGAUCUGACAAAAAGGAACAGAGGUUCAAAUUUACAAGUCAUAUGCCCAGUAAAAUGGAACAGGUAAAUUCAGCUUAAAAAAAUAUAUUAAUAAUGUCAUCCAGGAUUGCUAGAUUGGUUGGUUUUUAACUUUGGUGUACUGUACAAUGUAACAGUGAACUUGCAUGGAGCGUUAAAGCAUUUGGCAUUUAAAUUAACUGAAACAUGUAGACAAGUAUUCAGCUUGAUCCAGCUUCAACCAGUUGACUGAAUAUUAAAACACAUAAAAAACAGCCUUUAUAGUUAAAACUGCUGCUAUUUUCGUAUCUGUGACACAUUGCACUCACCCCCUCACUCACCCUCCUUCAUUCAAAGUUGUUCCUCUAAGUUUUGAGUAUAGUCUUGUAUUAUGAGCAACUUUGAUAAGCUAGGGGAGGAGGGGGGAUCACAAGCACAAGGUCAUAAGCAGUUCUUUGUUUCACAGGAAAUGAUGGAGAGAGCUCUCAUGAAACAAAGAGCUGGAAUAGUACAGAAACAGGUUGCCGCAGGAAGAGAAUUCAAGGUGAGUAGUUAAAUGAAAGAACUUUUUUUUUCUUUUUUGGAUUGCUGGUGUUAAUUUGUUUUCUUGUAGUCCUAACUUUAGAGCAAUAUUGAAUAUAAAAUUUAGUAAUUGUGUAUUUUAUCUGCAUUAUUAAUCCCUGUUUUUUUUUGUUUUUUUGGCUUGUAGGGUUGUGCAUUUUACAGCAAACCUGAAGUUAUUGUAUUCAAGGUUUGUUAACCAUUAAUUCCACACCUGUUCAUCUUUACUUCCAUUUUCUUGAAAAUUUUAGUGACACACACAUUGCUUCAUCUUUUUGUUUUUCUAUGCCAGGACUUUGAUGUUGGGAGAUCUUACAAGAAGAAAAUUCUGCUGACAAACAUCUCUUACACUCAGAAUUACUGCAAAUAUGUUGGAAUGUCCCACUUACUGAAAGAUUUCAUUGAAGUGUUGUAAGUAAUCAACAGUAACAAGAACUUUCUGCAGUGGUACAAAAGGACUAUAUGGUUAAUUUUAAGCUCAGUUGUGAAACAAAUAUCACUUUUUGCAUUUAUUUUGCUACAUUUUGCAAUGCUACCACUGGUUUCCCCAUGAAAUGAUGUCUCAGAAAUGAGCGCCGAAAAUCCAUACUGAUGACCUGUCACUACCCAGAUCUGGGUGGUGCUUCUGAUUGGUCUUGCUGUAUGGGAAAUUUACUUCAAUCAGUCAGAAGUGCUACCCAGAUCUGGGUAGUGACACAUCAUCAGUAUGGAAUUUUUGCGCUUUUUUAUCAGACGUCAUUCGCGGGGAAACCAGUGAUGGCGUCGCAAAAUGUUGGCUGUUUUCUCAGGCUAAAUACCUGCCAGUUUACAAAAGCAAUGCAAAGAAAGAGUGACGUAGUUCAUAUGCAUUCUCUGGCAUUUACAUUUGCAUUCUGAAUUGUUGGUGUGUACCAGUCUUUAAUGUUAGUUGUGUGGGCAAACAAUUCAAUCUACAAUCUUAAUAGAACAGAAACUACAACCUUCUUAAAGACAAGAUGACCUUAGGUUAGAAGCAUGCGCAGCAUACUUUAUAGCGACAUGAUGAAAUGAUUUAGGCAUCCUGCAAGUGUCAAUUGCUCAGUUGGCUAGAAAGUUCAAGGCAUGAAUUGAAAUGCCUUUUGGGACUAUUUUUCUCUAAUUUUCCAUCCUCACCAGCCUAUCCACAGAUGUUUUUCUUUUUUUGACAGUUAGAUAGCAUGUGGCUGUGAGUAGGUUACAUCCUUAAUGCAUACUUAACAUCAGUCGUUCCAGUACUAAAUCUCUAAGAGCAGUGUCUUUCACUUGAUUAUGUUAAGCACAGCAGUACUUAAGUCUAAGAAGUGUUGUUUUUGGUGAACUCAAUUUUUUCCUUUUUCUUCCAUUUUUUUUUUCACUCAGUUUUGAUCCUCCAGGUGUCAUGUCUGCUGGACUGACUUGUGAUUUUGCAGUCACUUUUAAGCCCAUGGUGAGUUGAUUUUUUGAAAACAAAAUGAUAAAAUUUUUCAAUCUAACUAAACUACAGGCCCCAGUUGUUCUAAAGUUGGAUAGCACCAUCCACCGGAUAAAUCUCUAUCCUACGGAUAAGUGUUUGGGAAACCAAAUGUGCUAUCCAGUGAAUUGUGAUUUAUAUGGUGGAUAGCGCUAUCCAACUUUUAGACAACUGGGGCGAGGUCAUUUCUUGUGUAUGGCAUAUCAUAUUGCUUGCCAGCACAUUCCAGUUUCCUAUUAAUGUAUCCCAUUUUUUGUUCCUUUACUUGUCAUCUUUAUGGUAACCCUGGUUAUUGACUCUUUCCGUUCUGUUUGGGGAAUAAGUGUCUUUGAUGCAUUCUAAUCCAAACCUUUGCUCCCUAAAUUUCAUGCACAGUUCAUCAGAAAAGAUAGCAGGCUUACUCCCAGCAUCUUGCACAGGGUGCUUUUUUGGACUGAAAGCCUUUCAAAGAGUGUGAAGACUUGCGAUGAGGGGUCUAUAUUUGCAAUCCCAAUAUUUUUUCCCCUUAAUUUCUAUUUCCACGAUUUUAGUGUGAAAAAUUACUUAAUUUUGUAUGCAAAACAAAAAAAAUCAGAGUCAGAAAGUAGUGCCUCCUUUCUUAAACAGAGUCGGGGUUUGAAGGCCUCGGCGGCACAGUUCUACCCAGACCUCCCUUGAGUGCCCCCCCCCCCGGGCCCUACUAUACCCCCCUUGUAGGAUGAUGCAGCUUGUAUCUCAAAAAAUCGUUUAUAUUGUUAUUUCUUUUUUCUUUUAAAUGUUCGCAUUGAUUGCAGUUGAAUGAAGAUUUGGAAGGUCACAUUGACUUCCUCGCACAAACAGGACCAUUUUCAGUUCCCAUUAGAUGUGUAACAAAGAAAUGCCAGGUAUUUAGUUGCCGUAAUCAUCAUCCUUUAACCACUCAGUUGUGAUUUUGUUGUGCUACAUCUUGAGGUUAUUCCCUUGUUUUGCACUGCGCAUCAACCACUGCGCAUAACAUUGCAGCCUAGGGAGAGGAGGGAGAGGUAUUAAAGGCCUCUUUUGUAGUCAAAAUGCCUAUGAUAACGAUUUUGAUAACUCUUCCCAGCUAAAAAGAUGCUCGUCUCGAAGGUCACCCGGGUCCCUUCAUGCAAAAUGAUCAUUUGAAGCCGAAAUUGUCCCCUUGGUUUCUUUUUGCGAUGAAACGAGAAAGGAGACCCCCUUUUUUAUUGGUGUUUUUUACUCUUAUGAUUAUGGCUAUACGUAAAAAAUAUAUCUUAGGAAGAAAAACAUACAACUUCUUGAUGUGUAAUUCCAGAAAAUCUCCAUACUGAAGGGAUUGAAAAUCUUGUGCAAGGAAGGGUUCUCCCAGAUCAAACUGUUAAAAGGGUGACCGGUCGUUUCGCCUACGAGUCGUUUCGCUAACGUCUUAUCUGCUUCCGCUAAGAAGCGAAACGAGUGCUGCGCAUGUAUAUGCUUCGUUCUCUCAGGCAUGAUACAAAAAAGUGCGAUAUGCGUGUAUAUACCUCGUUCUUUCAGCCACCAAUCAGGCGAAAGCCGAGUUAGGGAACUGACCCAACACGUAUGCGAAACGACUUCACAAGUUGGCGAAGAGGACGUUGGUGAAACGAUUCGCAGGCGAAACGAGCGUAAACCGUUAAAAGAAAUUUAUGAAGCUGGAGAGGGCUGGGGGUCUUAAAAAAAUGGGUGUUGUAUUUAUAUAUUUCAAAACGCGUGCCUCUAUAAGAAGAACACCUUCAAUUCAUGGAGCGUUGGGGCCCGCCGUUCUUUCAUCAUUUUGCUUGACUCUCUGCACGGACAUCAAGUGAAUGAAUAUUUUAAACUCUUUCCAUUUCAGCUGAAAAAUUUAAACUGAAGUUUCUUGACAUUUUUGUUUUUCAUUCUUAUUGCCACAGAUUUCUGUGGAUGUCACUGAGGUAGAGUUUGGCAGUCAAGUUUUGGGAGAAACAAGAAGGCGAAUCAUCAAUGUUACGAACAACGGAGCAUUGGGAACAGAGUUAAUUUUUAAAAAAAUAACAGGUAUUCGCGGAUGUUUUAGAAAGAUGCAUGGUGUGACUUGUAGUGUGACAAAUUGUACUUUAUUGCGUGACAGAAUGUUCGUAUAAAACUGCGAUGUAUUCUUCAGCUACAGGAUGUUUGGGAUAGUAUUUUUGGUAUGACCACUUGUAAAAUUUUUUCUGUGUUCGUGGAUACACUAACGGCAUCUUAUUUCUUGAAAACCAAGGCGGAAAGUUGGGAAUUCAAUAAAACCAUUUUUGCUAUGUUACAGUUAAGUAUUCAAAUAUAAGCUCUGUGUAAGUGGAUGAAAAGCAAGUGUAGUUCUAAAGGAAAGAAGUCGUUGGCAUAAUGUGACUUUCCCGUUUUUUUUGUAGGUUUGGCAAGGUCAGCUUCAACUUCGGAACUAAGUUCCAUUGGUGGAAUGGUAAUAAUUGCGUAGUACGUUAUUGACCAAUGUUUGGCCAAUAUGGCUGGAUAUUGGCCAAGUUCUUUUUGCGUAAUUAUGAACGGAGGUGAAGUCGAAGUCAAUAAGUGCUGAAAUCAGGACAGUUGAUAGCCAAUCAGCUUUGAGAAUUUUGUCAUAGUUAUGAUUAACACACAAAAAGGAAUGAGGCCUAUAUACAGCCAUCUUGACCGAACAACCUUGGUCAAAAAAGUAUCUAUUAUAUGGCUAAAAAGUGAACUUUUUCCUUGCGGGACCAACGCGGGAAAUCCCGAGCUUGCAAGGUGGUCUCAUCUCGCCUGCUCGGGUAGCCAAUCAGAUUCUGCAUAUAGGCUGAUUUAGCAACAGAACUGGAACGUCAGUUGACAACGGCGCGCGCAAAUCAAUUAACUUGCUUGACCAAUGGCAGAGCGGCAAAUUGGGCACAGGAAGUCGUGUUUAGUCCUUUCCGCGCGCUUUCCCGUCGUCAAAUGACGUUCCCGUCCUGUUGCUAAAUCAGCCUACUUUGUCAAAUGUAGGCGAACCCUCCUAGAAUUGAAUUCCUAGGGACCAUAUCCAAGUUCAAAAGGAGAAAUAAAAUUUCGUCGUUGCUUGUUUAUGUCUUCCAUAAAACGCGAAAUUAGGCAUUUUCACGUCGUAGUCUUGCAAAAACGGGCAAAGAAAUGUACAAAAAAGCGUGGUGCACGUGCGAAGUUGCUGUUUUGCUUGUGAAAGCAAUGUUUUUUUUUGCGUUCUCGUUGCCGUCUGCGUCGUUGGAUCUUAAAGUCCCUAAUGACGCUGAUUCACGCGCGUGCGCUUCUUAGUACUGAGAAAAUCUCUUACUCGUUGUCGUGCUCGUCUUAAAAUCUAAAGGUCUCGAUUAAACUGAAGUAAUUGUAAAUGGUUUGAAGACAAGAGUUUCAGUUUGUUUAUACAAAUACUAAUGCUUUGCUUGUAACUUUUCUCCCAGACUGUUACUGAUGGUGGACAGCCAGAGUAUAACCAAACAAAUGGUGAACUACAGAAUGUGGAGGGAAUGGCGGCGGAGGAUGUUAAAGAAGCGCAAGGUGGCGGUACGACGGAAGCAACUGGACAUGUGGAACAAGAAGGUUCUACAAAAAGUCUGUUUUUGGCUCCUACUUACGUGAAUAUAUUGUGUGUUUUCACAUGACGUCACGGUGGCCAUAUUUGUAUCCCAAAACAAUGAAACGGCGGCCAUGUUUGUGUCCCAAACCAGUCCUGUGGGGGUCGAACUCUUUUCUUAUGUAAACGCUUUCUUUUGUUCCAAUAAAUUUGCAUAGAUGCUGGCCACGUGAGUGAAAGCACAGAAUUGACACAAAAUUUGCAUUUUUCCACCUUUUCAGUGCCCAGUGAAAAAACAAAAACAUCCAAAUAGUACCGUAAAAUUCCGAAAAUAAGCCCCUCCAAAUAUAAGCCCCUCAAACUCAUAACGCAAAAAACCUUCCGUUAAAUCGCCCCUCCAAAUAUAAGCCCCCGGGGGGCUUGUACUUGGAAAUUUCCCUCAAAUACAAAGGUAAAACAAUGCAAAAAUGGUAAAUUUCCUUCCAACUAUAAGGCUAGCCCAAUCGCUUUUGAAACGAAAAUUUCCGUCCAUAGAUAAGCGCCUCCAAAUAUAAGCCCCUCCAAAAAUAAGCUCCUCGAAAAGGGCCUUUGAAAAAUAUAAGCCCCGGGGCUUAUUUUCGGAAUUUUACGGUAUCUCACAAAUGCAGUGGACCACUACGCUCUUUUCACCCACUCACUAACAUAUUGAAAGGUUUGAUAAACUUGCCUCGUUUCAUUUUGUAGUCAAAACAAAAUGAACAUUUACAAGGGGUUUUGUCAAGUUUUGGUGUUGCCCUCUGACAUAAAAUUAGCGUAGUCUAAAAGUAAUCAAGUUUUAGUACACUGAUAGAUUGAUCUUCGGCAUUCGUUCUAGUGUUUUUCUAAAUUUGUUCAUUCCCCACUCCACAGAAGGCGAAAGUCCAGAAAAGGGCCUAGAUCCCCAAACCGGGAGUGCAGUUAAGUUUGAGGAAGGAAUGGGCACUACUGAGGGUGAUGCUUCAGCAGCACCAGAGGGAACUGGGGACGAACAAGAAGGUUUGUAGACAAUUUCCGAUGUUUUUUCUUGGUAAUAUUCCACGCUGUGUUUGCCAGCAGUGUGAUAUAAAGUAACAGUAACAUCUUUUUCAGUGGUACGCUUAUUUCUAAGCCGAAGCAGUAUUUUACAGUUAUUGAGUUUUCGUUGACAUUCAUGAUAAUGAAUCCCACCUCUGUUUGCGUUUUGUAUCAAAGUAUGGUUUGAUUAUAUUUCAGGAGAGCUUGUUCCUGCUGUAUCUGCCUCAUCACCAGUCCCAACCGAAGUGUCCAUAUUAGAAGGGCUAAGGGUUGGAAAGGUCAGUAACAACUGUGACUUCUGCUAACCGCCGCACCAUUCUUGGUUAAUAGAUGGUAGUUGAUAAAUUAAAAGUCAUCAUAAUGUAUAUCCGACGUCUCUGGUUUUUCCGACUUGAAUAAUGACCUGUUCGGACAUACGUCUUUUCUAAAAAGAAAAAUUAUUUGUAGACCUGUUUACGUACAGAUUGUCAUUGUCGAGUGUCCAGCUUUCUAUACUAAUCCUAGCAGUGUGCGAAACGCGUGCCAGAUAAUUAGAGUAGUGUAGGAGGUGCUCGUAAGGUCUCUUCUAAUUGGUCGCAGGAAACAAUGACAUGUCAUUCAUUCAAUUGUUUUAGUAUUGUUUAGGGUCAGGGUUAGACACCAUUGGUGACUUCUCUUCCGAGCACCUGCUACAUGACCCGAUAACUAUGAACCUGGUAAAUGGCCCAUCUAGCUAUGAAUCUCUGCGCAAAUCAGGUUGUUUAUAGUGACAAACCGGUGAAUGGGAUGCCAUGAGUUUGGACUCAAUCGUUCUUUGUCCCAUCACUUAUUGAUAAUUUCUUUAUUAAAGAUGAUUAAUUUUCUAUUUACUUUCUUAUUUCCUUUAUGUUUUAUCAUCAGCUCACCUCUGGUGAAAUUGCACCAUUUUCAAUAGUCCAGCUGGAGGUGGUAUUUAACCCUCUCAAGUCAGGAAAUGCAGUCGCGGAAUUUGAGAUUUCCUUCUCUGACCCUCUGUCGCCACCUGUAAGUACAAAACACGAAGACAAGUUAUGGAGCAGUCUCCAAAAACCUUGCUUUAAAGGACUAUGUUACAAAGAUGUUACUGUUUGACGUUAAUUCUGUGCUAAAGUCAUUACUUACUAAUUAGUGCGUUUGACCAUACACAAAAUGCUCUUGUAGAGUGAAGAAGAAUAUAUUAAACAAAUUUCGUCACGGAAAAAUAAUCCUAAUAAUAUUUUUUUCGGUGAUUUUUGCAGGCGUAGCAUUGAAACUUGAAAAAGUUGGCCCAACGAAGAAUCCAUGUUUUGAUCUUUUCAUCCAUUGGCUGCUAAAUCAAAUAACACUUACCGAAACCAUUUUUCAAGGUCAUACGAAAAUCGAUCUAUCGAUCUCAUAGACCUUUACAAAACCAGCACACUCACAUGCUUCUGUGAUAGAGAUUCUUCUCAGUAGCCGAGGAAUGAUUACUGUUUAAAGUGGAUCGAUGAUUUUGUCAUGUGUUUGCUCUGAAUCUAACCAAUUUUCUAACGCAGCAGCAGUUUCCCAAGGAUCUUAGAAUGCCCAACACUCGAAUUUAAGGCACAAACCUCACUGAUUGAGUUAAUUUUUUUCUGGUUCUCCGACAGAUAAUGAUUCGUGCUAGAGGUACAGGGAUUGAUGUGCCUGUCUGGGUGCAACGAGAGGUACCUUAUUCAGUCUUUAUAUCGUUUUGUUAUUUGUUUCCCGACAUAAACAGUUUGAUAUGUUCUCUACCAGAGCAAAACUUGACACUUUUGCCAUGGUGAUGUGUCCUUUAAUCGUCAAGAGAUUUAAGGUGGCUCGAUACAGUUUGUCAGGGUCAAUACCUCCCAAGUUUGAGCGUAAACUACGACGCCAUAAACAAAGAUUUGGCAAAAUUAACACCACAGUUGUAUUAGAUAAAGAUGAAAACUUGUUAUGAUCAGGGUUACAAUGAGAUCGGAGUUGUCAUAGCAACGAAAUGACGCCAUUACCUAUUUUACUUGCAGCAGUAUUUCUCAGCACUGGGAACUGUUCUUCCAAAAUCGUUUACUGGAGCUUUUACCUACGAUAGCUGCCUCGAUGUUCGUGAAGUUUAAGCGAAAUCUGUAAGAGCGUUAUCGAGAUAUUCUGGGAUGAAGUUUUUCUGGUUAGAAAUACUGUAAAAAAUUGACAAUCUUGAUGUUGGACUGUUAUCUGUACUAAACGAAGCGCUUUUGACAUGCAAUUUCACCUCAUAGUAGUUUCAAUCUUUUUAAAAACGUGUGUGAAAGAUCAUGGAGAUACCUUCAGCGGAUUGCUAGAAAGAAGGAUUUGAUUAGUACGUAUAGGGGCGCUCUUGUUAGCCGUAAUGUAAACAUUUCAGUCUACUUUAACAAAUUAGCGAAUAAUUUUUAAACCGCUCGAUAAAUUUUCUAAAAAAUUUACAAGUGUUGAGAUAAACCGUCCUUUUAUUUGACCUCUUAGUUUCAAGAUUAUUGAUAUAUUGUAAGGUAGUAAAAUAACGGCUACAAUUCGCUAAUAUUUUGUCAGAAGUUUUGUCUUUACAAGUGAGAGCCUCUUAUUAUUCAGGGGUAUUGUCUCAAAGUUUCAUUUUCACGUGAACAGCAGUAACUAACAAUGCAUUUGACAUAUGCAAAACUGCUAGCUAUUGUUGUGCACGAAAAUAUGAAACUUGGAGACAAUAGCCCUGAAUAAUGAGAGGCUUUCACUUGUAAACACAAAAUUUCUGACAAAAUGUUAGCGAAUUCAAGCCCUUAUUUUACUGCCUUACAAUAUAUCAAUAAUCUUGAAACUAAGAGGUCAUAUAAAAGGAGGGUUAAUCUCAAGACUUGUAAAUUUUCUAAAAAAUUUAUCGAGCGGUUUAAAAAUUAUUCGCUAAUUUGUUAAAGUAGACUGAAAUGUUUACAUUACCGCUAACAAGAGCGCCCCUAUACGUACUAAUCAAAUCCUCCUUUCUAGCAAUCGGCUGGAGGUAUCUCCAUGAUCUUUCACACACGUUUUAAAAAGAUUGAAACUACUAUGAGGUGAAAUUGCAUGUCAUUAAAGGAAUUUGGUUUUUAAAUUUUUCAAAACGGGACAUUCCAUAAUACGCAAACUGCACCAUUUAUACGAGCAUUUCAGCGGCGUCUUAGCUUAGUCGCGUCUUAUUUAAGACACGAAGACAUUUUUUGUGCUAUUCAUACAGGAAGUUCGCGUCUUAUUUAAGACGCGACUCACUGCUACUUGUUUUUAGCAUUUUACAACAUGGAAUUUGGGAUUUAACUCGAAUUUUUUUUUGACAAUUAUUGAAAUUGAGAAGGCUUAACAGUAGACGCUUUGUUUGGUCAAAAGGUUGUGGAUUUGAAGAUGUGUAUGUAUGACAGACUCUAUCAAGAUGCAAUUCUCGUCAACAACAGGUAAUUUCAGCUGUCGUUUAUUUAAUGAAACAAGGCAUUGAGCUUUACAAAUUAACGGUUUUAUGUAUCUCCACAGAGCCACGUCAGCUCUUAGGUUGAAGUUUGAAGUUUGUAAAGAACUCAGAAGUCAUCUGGAGCUUCUCCCGAAAACAGCCUACAUCCAGGCUGAGUCACAGUUUUCUGCUCAGCUCAAGUUUCUUCCCAGGUGAAAACUAUUUUUCUGUCAGUAGAAUUGAGGGUAGAAUGGUUUUCAAUAUAUGCGUGUCGACUGUUGUAACAUGUGUCGAAAGACCGAUCACAUAAGUUAUGGAAAAGCCGAUAAACCAAUCAGAUCUCGAAGCUGAUGCAUGCAACCGGUGAAAAGCGCGGGUAAACGAGUGCGAGCACGUGACGAUUGGUUUCGAUUUGACUUCUGAUUGGUUAAAUGUCAAAAUGGCGUAGGUAUUCAGCCAAUGAAAUCGUGUAAUAAUGCAAGUACCACGAAUUGCCAUCAAACUACCCUCUAAAAGCGCUAACAUCGCUGAAUAAAAAUGGUUUAAAUUAAAGAAAAUACUUCAAUUCUUCCCUUUUUCUUUUCUUGUUUGGACAAAUGUUUUGUCGCUGUCACCGCCAGAAUCAUUAAGGUAGAUAUACCUUUUUGAGGUUUUAAACAAAAUCCUAUGGUUUGACCAUUCAAAUAUAUCCUCCAUAGCGGUACUUUUGAAUGGUGCUAUUUGUUACUUAGAAUAGUAUUUCACAAAAUGAAAUUUGGGUCUUUCUCAGGAAUUUGCUUGAAAUACCGCGUCAAAUGUGUUGCCUAGCAAGCCAGUUGCUGUUUUCAGUGUCAUUAAACUUUUACCUAUCUCAAUUGAUCGUAGGCAAACCUUACCAGAUGACUGUCCUACAUACUUCGACCGUGAAACCAGGUUAUUGGAGGCGCCAAUGGUAAUAAGAGUAGCAGAUCAGGUAUCUUAUAUCUCUCCAUUUGUGGCUGCACUGAAAAUUAUUCAGAAGGCGUUUUCUUGUGGUUGUUGUUGUUGUUGUUUUGAAUAAACGGUCCACGUCUUUGUUAAGAUUGUUGAUGUUAAUUUGCGACUCUCGUUUCGAAUUGUCCAGUGAACUAGCUUUUUAUUAUUUGCACGAAGUCUCCUAGAUGCCUUUUAUUGUUCCAAUGUUAUAGCCGAGAUGUAUUCUUAUAGAUCUCAUUUAGAUUUUAUGAUUACAAUUUUUUCCAUGUCUUUACGCUUCGGGGACAAGCUAAAUUCAAAACUGUAGGUGUGAAAAUGACGGGAAAUAAUGUUUACGAGGAACUUUCUGCCAUACACGUUUAUCGUUGGCAGAGUUUUUUAACCUUUUUGUUCGGGUGGUUUUUUUUUGCAGACUCGCCCAGUUCCCUUCAAAGUGAGAGCUGUAGUGACGUCAUCAGACAUAGAAUUCAACAUGCAAGAUAUUGAUUUUGGUUUCUGUACAGUUUAUGAAUCUGUGCGUCGAACGGUCACCAUAACAAACAAGUCGGUACUUCCACAACCUUUUGGCUUCUGUGGAGUACCCGAUGUAAGUGAAAUUACUUUCCAAGAAUGAGAUUGUUUCUUCCUACGUAAGGUAAUCGGCAUUCCGGAAUCCGGGUAAUUCUUUUCUUGACGUGAAAUUCCGGAAUCCAAGGUUUUGGAAUCAAGAAUUCAGCUCAUGGAAUCCGGAAUCUAAAUUCCACUGACAAGGAAUCCUGAAUCCACAGCGUGGAAUCCAGAAUCCAAAGCUGAAGAGUUCAGAAAGUUGAUCACAAAUUACAGUCGGAUUAGGGUCCUUUUCAAUGACUGAAUGAAUGAACAUUUUUAAGAUAAUAUUUAUUCCAUGUGAACCGUGAGGUACAGUUAAACCUCCCUAUUACGAUCAGUUCUGUCGGUCUUAAAGAUGCCAAACCUAUAAUCAGGGUUCGUAGAGUCUUGAAUUCUUGAAAAAGUCUGAAAUUUGCCCAGCAAUUUUCGAGACCUGGAAAAAGACUGAAAGUGGAGAUUAAGUCUGGAAAAAUGGUAAAAAGUCUUGAUUUUUUUCAAAGCUACAACAAGUGCUUUAGAUAUAAGUGAAAGUCUUUUCGUUUUUGUCAAAUCUUAUUCAAUCUCACCCGUACGUAUCAUGAAAAAGGCUUUGUCCCUGCGAUUUUUUAGAAAAACGCAGGAAUGUAUUGAUCACUAGAUUUGAUAACCUUGAGGCUGGAAAAAGAAAUUAUUGUUUUGGAAAAAAGUCGGGGAAAAGUCUUGAACUUUGGUUAAAAAAAUUUGUACGAACCCUGUAUAAUUCUGAUCUGAUCUUAUUCCGUACUUGUUGUAGACGGUUGAUGUUCAGCCUAAUGAUGGAUUUGGUACAUUGUUACCACUGGAGAGUUUUGAUCUGGAUAUCAUGUUCAAUGCUAAAAAAGCCAAGGUGAGUACUGUAGCCGUUUCUUUCAGCUGGUCCUCAGGUUUAUAGUUAUUUAAAUAAGGGUGCAUUUUAAAGUUUACCCAAACCUGUGUUGUUGUUGUUUAUUCAGGAAUACGAGUUUGCACUACCCUGUGUUUUUGUAGUUGUUUACUCAAGGAUACGAACUUGACCUGUGUUGUUGUUGUGUAUUUAAAAAUACGAGUUUGAUCUAACCUGUUUUGUUGCUGUUGUCUUGUUUGUUGUUAUGCAGGAAUACGAGUUUGACCUAACUUGUAAAACAGGAAUCGGUCGUGAGUUCAAGAUUCAUUGUCGAGCCGUUGGCGUUCUUCCCCCGCUGGAGCUGUCCCACUCUGUGAUAAAAAUGAAAGCCACCGCCGUUAGUGAUACGUGCUCUGCUCAUAUUGAAGUCAUCAAUUCACACACCAGCGCCAAUGAAUUCACUCAUCCUGUGCCAAGAAUUGGCUCAGGGCCCAUUGUUGAGGUGGGCCCAACGUCGUUUGAAUUUGUGGUCCCUGCCGGUGCACCGCUGACCGUGUCUCCAGCUGUUGGCACUGUCAAUCCUGGAGAGGUAAGAUGCUCGAAAUUUUCGCGCGAAAAAAUCCAAAAACACCGAAGAUAAUCUCGAAUUUCCAAAGGUGUAUGUUAACUGGAUGUCAGCGGAUUAACUCGGUACUUUGUUUCAGCGGUGUUUGGUUCACGUGACUUUCACCCCUCGGAUGGAUCCAAAUAUGGUGCGGUUGGAGGGCGUACGCAUGAUGGAGCGGGAAGCUGAGGCUGAGAGAAAGAGACUGGAGCAGGCCUCGCCCCAAGACAAACCACAGGAACAACCCGCUGGACAGGUGAGUCUGCAGUCAUGCCUUUUCUUUUUCAGCGGUCGCAUAUAGCAAACAUGCAUAGCUCCCCAAAAAGUGUGCAAAGGAGGUCAAUCUCGUUGUCAUAGUACUUGAUGUUUAAGGGACGAAUUGAAUGGAGCUACUUAGAAAAUUGAUCUGACUUUAGUUAGUGACUGUGCAAUUGCAAUUCAGUGAUGACCUUGUACCUAUAGCCGGCUUUAUUUAUUUCUUUUUCAAAGAACGAUCUUUAAAGUUUUUGAGUAGUGGUCUCGUGGUGUUGUUUUUCCUUCUUCCAUGAUCUGUGUCCUUAAGAGCACAUGACUGUAAAUAUCGAGAAUCGCUGGCCAAGCUAAAAAAAACGAAAAUUCUGAUAAUUUGUCAGAAAAACCCCUUUGGGGAACUAUCUUCGAAAAAAAUAUUUUCAACUUUCAAGAAUCUAUAGUUUUCGAGAAAAUGAGGAAAAACGAAAAUAGCGGUUUUUGCCUAAUUAAUUAUGCAAAAAUUAGAGUAAAAUUGACCUACUUCAUCGCGUCUGUACCGAGGCAAGAUUCAAAGCUAUAAAACAGAAAUAUUUUUGUGUAAAAUAAUUCUAUCUGUUCUUUCUAUCCAUGGUAUGUUUUAAGCCAUAAACAUGAUUUUGAAUUUUUUAUGGUUUUUUAAAAACUACCAUCAAUGGCACUUUUUAAAACGGCUAAAAAAUGAACAACUUCAGAGGCGAAAAACUUACCCUGGUAUGUGUGAUACCUAGCCAAAAUGUAUACUAGGACAAAGUUCAGCUCUUAUAUUAACAGAAUAUGAAAUAACAAAUCUGGGUACUCCGGAUUCGCCUUCACAAAACAAAAAGUUUCGUGACCACCAGUGGAAAAAUGUCACAAAUUUGCAUAAGUCAAAUUUGUAGAGAAAUGUUGCGGCAGCCGGGUUUUGUUUCAAUUCAGGGUCAGUAUGUAAUGUUCGGAAACAUCACGAAGUAAGAAAACGUUUUUUGAUAACGUUUGUGUUAAAAUAUCAGAGUAAUUAACCGUUCGCAAAAAAAUAAUAAUAAAAAACGACCUCGAAGAAGCGUUAUAUAAAAGCGCCGAAUUAUUAUGUAAACUAUAUCCCAUGUCUCUCGUUUCGUUUCCUAACUUCCUUGUAUUAUUAGCAUCCAUCUGUAUCAUCGUAAAUUCGACUCCGGUAUAUCUAAAAUAGGUAGGUACAUUUUCCUUGAAAUUUUAUUUUGAAGGAGGUUUUUUGCGAACGGGAUACACUGCGUGAGAGUAAGCCAUAAACAAACAGUUGGAGUAACAAUGUCACACAACGACGUCUCGAGCAGCUCCGCCUUCUUUUACUGAUUUUUUUCUCCUUAUGAAAUUUUAUGGAAACUUUGUUUUGAACAGACAAUGCGUUGUUCGCAACAUCAUUUGUUUCUCAGUAGUUUAUUUUAUUUUCAGAAAGAAGGGAUACUAACUUUGCAUGAGAGAAGCCGGGGUCCGGGCCUGUCAGUCACGCACUAAAAGAUAGCAUUUUCUUGUCAGAGAUGUUGAAAUCUGAUUUUUUUACUACGUAUUACAAACAACAAACCGUCCCCUGGUUAAUUUCUCUACUUUUUCACAAAUAGAGGUAUAAUUAGGCAGCUACCAAAGGCCCUAGGAAACAGCUAAGUAAUCGUAGUUCAUACGGUCCAGCGGUUUCUCUCCUCCGAAACGAAUCCGAAACACCUUUCCCGCAAAACUGCCCCUUUUAGGUCAUCUCGAGUUGUACCACCUGCCAAGGGGCGUUUUCCUUCAAAUACAAAAUGAUAUUUGUUGAUUUCAAAAAAUAAUCUAGCAGCGCCUUGGUGUGUAAAUCUAUACGCCAAACCCAUGAACAAAACAAGUUCCAACCGACGCCGCCGAAGAACUGGAAAAGGAGACCAGCGGUACAGUCGAACCUCCCGAAAGCGACCACCCAAAAUGCGCAGACUUAGUGGUCGCUAACGGGGGGUGGUCUCUUACGAGAAUCGGACCACAGGAGGUUUCUUUGAGAAGAAAAGUGGACACAUCUACUUUAAGGAAGAUAAUUUAUUGCAUGCAAUUUCCAAGUUACGAUAUGCGCAGUUUCAUGUUGUUGUUGUUCCUACCACAAGAGAUCAGAAAACUCGUCAGGUGGUCGCUUACAAGAAGUUAAAAACAAUGCAAAAUCAUUGAUCAGUCAGCCCCAAUUAGUGGUCGCAGGCGCUUACAGGAGAGAUUCCAACUGUAAGACUUAACUGGGUGGGUUUUGGUGUGUUUUGGAUAGGUGGUCGCACAUGGACCACCUUUCACGACGAUGCGACUAGGAUUUGUCCAUGGAAGAUAAGACUCCUUGUUCACCGCUUUUGAGCUACUCUAACCAACUCCCACCCAUGUCGAGUGCUUGCAAAACGUAGCAUCAUCUUGAAAAAAGAAGUAUCAGAAAGGUCAUCUAUGACGCCCCUGGCCUAUCGCAGUAUCCGGGAACGAACUUAUAUCGACGUAAGCACCAUUUACUAACCAGGCAGUAAUUAAGGCGACGCAGAGUAAAAGCGUAACUUGAGUACGUUUUUCAGUUUACAGCAGACCCAAGUUUUGUUUAAAGAAAUACCUGCCUUUUGCUCAGGAGUAUUAACGUCAGUACCGGCAAUGUCCCAGCUCGUGCCUUCAUACCGGAACGUCCGAUCGAAUCACUGUUUAGUUGAUAGCUACCCUUCUCUUCCUCUUCCCGACGUAUCUAGGAAGAUCGAAGGGCCUCUGCUCGCAGGGUAGUUGAUAGCGACCAAGGAGCUAAAUAACAUAGCGAGGUAAGUAAGUGGCAUCGGCGGUUUUUUUACGCCUAACCGUUUCCCAAAGUAAAGAAGGAAAGAACUUCAGACAAAGGGAAAGAAGAGUUAUGCGAUAAAACUGCUCUUAAAUUGAUGUUUAGCUAUGGCAUAUGCGAGGGGGUGGGGGCUUUUUAAUUGCUGGAUAACAUGUGCCGUUACCAAAAAAAUUACGGAAAAACAUUUUUUCCUUGGUUUGAAAUUUUGACCACGAAAAUUUUAGCUCCAGCCAUUUGUGAUACCAGGCAAAAAAAUCCAAUAUUUAGAUAUUUCCCUCUUAGCAGCAGGCCCUUUAAUUAAAGUGUCCUUAAGUUUGGACGGUAUCUAAUAUUAUAUAUCCGCAGGAACGAAACAUGACAACAGCUGGUUACAGAUUGUCAAUGUGUGAGGCUGAGGUUCUGGGUUCCCUGUGACAGUUCUUGUCGAGAAGACCCCAAAUCAGUAUAUUUGCUGUUUUAGGUUGAUUCUGUGCUAUAACUUACUGCCUUUAGCCAGUCAAUAGUCAGAGAAUAGAAGGUGAAUAGAAAAAUUGGAAGUAGAUUUUUUUACCCCAAAUGUUGCUUUUUUGUGUGUGUAACUCUCUCAAGAUACAUGAAGAUAGGUGAAAAUUUGCUAAAAGAGGUACCAGUGGAAAAAUCUAUCCUUGUUGAUUUUUGAUAAGUUUAUCACCUUGGCGAAUAAAUGGAAAGCUAAAUGGGUUCAUGAAGGAUAUUCAUGGUUCCCAAAAAAAAAAAACACCCAUAAGGCCCCACUGUCGGCAGUACUCCGUCCAUCUGAUUUACUUUUUCUAUUGAGAGAACAAUUGCAAGGAUCCGUGAGGGUCCAUUCAAUGAAGGUUUCAACUAAUCAAUGGCACAAUUACGGGUCAGUCCACUUGGCGAUCUUUGACCAUCUUUGGCUGUUCGAAAUCGUGUCUGGGCUUAAUUAAUAGUGCUGAACGCACGAACAGUGAAGAGGCAGAAAGAGGAGGUGGAAGAGUUUCAGAAAAGAGAGAAAAGGGGACGAUGAUUACUUUAAUCUUGUCUUUACUUACGUUAUUUUUAAUAUGCGAGACGUGGCAAUUUUACCAAAAUAUAACUUUGAAAAACUACCAAGAAAAUUAACUAUUUUGGAUUUUUAUUGAUUGAAAACUUAUAGAGUCUGAUGUAAGUUAUUAAUGGCAAAUCGGCUAAAAUGCAUUGACGAAUAAUCUAUAUCGGUACCAUAAAAGCAUGUGCCCACUCCAAGAAAGAUGUAUGACCGCGAAAUUCAUUCAGGUGAAUAAAGUAAAGUUAAGUCAUCUGACAUGAAUAAUAUUUCUUUACACACUUCAAAACCUCUCAUUUUUUUGAUCGAGUUUGACAACUGUCACGCAAUUGCAGAAUACAGCACUACAACACCCAACAACAAUUGCUGAGCAACCUUAAUUUUAUAAUGUACAAUUAAGAAGAGCUAACAUACAAAUUACAAAACAUUUAACGUUAGCUAUUCUCCUGGUUUUGCUAUUUCAAACCUCAAAUGUUGCGUGAUGCUAACAGUAUUGAAACCCGUCCUUGUGUACGAUAGGAAUAUGCAGAUGCAUUUAUAUGCAAAUUUGCCACAUUGUGUCACCAACCUUCACAGCAAUUUCUUAUCAGGGAUAUCAAUUUUUCAGAUCCUUUACUUAAUUUUAGCUUCAUUAAAAGGGCUUUCAUCCUUUCUCCUACGUUUCGAAUAUACCACGUACCGAAACUACAAAGAAAAAUCGGGCGCAUCAUUUCUCUACAAAUUUGAUUUAUGCAAAUUUGUGACAUGUUGCCACUGGUGGUCACGAAACUUUUUAUUUUGUAAAGGCGAAUCCGGAGUACCCAGAUUUUUUAUUUCAUAUUCUGUUAAUGUAAGAGCUGAACUUUGUCCUAGAAUACAUUUUGACUAGGUAUCACACAUACCAAGGUGGGUUUUUCGCCUCUGAAGUUGCUCAUUUUUUAGCCAUUUUAAAAAGUGCGCUUGGUGGUAGUUUUUAAAAAACCGAAAAAAAUUCAAAAUCAUGUUUAUGGCUUAAAACAUACCAAAGAUAGAAAGAAAAGAUAGAAUUCUUUUAAACAAAAAAUAUUUCUGUUUUAUAGCUUUGAAUCUUGCCUCGGUACAGACGCGAUAAAGUAGGUCAUUUUUACUCUAAUUUUUGCAUAAUUAAUUAGGUAAAAACCGCUAUUUUCGUUUUUCCUCAUUUUCUCGAAAACUAUAGAUUCUUGAAAGUUGAAAAUAUUUUUUUCGAAGAUAGUUUCCGAAAGGGGUUUUUCUGACAAAUUAUCAGAAUUUUCGAUUUUUUUAGCCUGGCCAGCGAUUCUCGAUAUUUACGGUCAUGGGCUCUUAAGUCGCGUCCUGAAGUUCUCCUUUCUUAGUGUCGGGUAACGAAGACUUACCUCUUGUUAUUAAAAGUACCUAUUUCUUAGUUUCUGAUUAGAUCACGUUUCAAUGCUUUAAACAGAAAAAGAAGGGCGGUAAAGCUGUUCCCGCGGGUAAGAGCGCCAAGACAUCACCAAAGCGAGGCAGUACACCGAGUGUGCCAAACCUGGCCACUAGUUCCAAGACCCCCGUCAAAACCUUCACCAUUGAUGACGUCAUCGAUGGGUGAGUUUACGAUGUUACGAAAAUAUUACAAUCCUUUGUGUAUUUUUGGUUUGUUUUGUCUAUGAUAAGUGGAAGGAUAAGCUCUUGGCCUUUCAAUGGUCACUUCAACAAUGAUCACGACGUAUCGACUCUUGCUACUGGUUUUCAUAACGUGAUGUCGUCGACUGGCUUUUAUUUACGAUUUUGUUUGUGAAAAAAUUGUACACCUUUAAUACAGCUACUUACAAGGCGACAAGUUUUGCUCUUACAAGUAGAUCACAAUGUUUCAUUCCUUUCUGGCGCAAGGAAGAAGUUAUCCUUCCCCCCGUGUCGAUAAUCGAAUUCCGAAAUUUGCAGUUUUACAUGCGUAGAAGGCCCAAAAAGUGCCAGUUUAUUAUUUCUGAAUUAUGUAGAGUAUAUAUAGAUGUAAAUGUUGGUCCUGCUUCUGCUGUUUUUGUAGCUGCUGAGUUGUAAUUCCACGUGAAAUCUUUGUUGUAGGUCAAAUGAAUACGAAUCUGCACACUUGGCUUUGCUGAGAACUUACCAGAAUACAUUUUCUCGUUUUGUGAUUCCUUGCUUCGUAGCACCGGGGCGGUGUACUGAACCAAAUAGCCUUUCUUGCAGGUAAGUUUACACAUGGUACGCCAAAAAAUGCACGAUUUCCCGCUGUAGAAAGAGUUACUAGAAAGCUCAAGUAACAUUAGAGACCUUUAGAUUCAAGGACGAGGACGACGUCGAGUACGAGAUUUGACUUUCGCGUAUUCUCAAAAUAUAGACUUCCCAGAAAGCUUCAUUUCACUAUUUUUCACGCGAAAAGUUAGCACUGUUACCUUUAGUGAAGGAGGUUGCACCCUCUCCUGAUGGCAAAAUGAUAAAACUACUAACUUUUAAUAACUUGUUUCCGCCACUUCGACAUUCUCGCUAAAACUCGUAGUAGAGUGACGACGGCUACCACAUUUCCUGCCAAAAUGAUGCUGGCUCACGCGCGAGCGCUACUUAGUAUUGAGAAAAUCUCGUACUCGUAGUCGAACUCGUCUUAGAAUCUAAAGCUCUCUAACGACUACAACCACGUCACUUAAAACUCAAGUGAAUUCGCGCUGCUUCAAACUCUAUCGCGUUUAUUCCAUCUCGUUCAAUUCGACUGGGCAAAUGUUGGUGAAUUUUUCUGGAGUUUCAUUCUGAAGGACCUUAUUGAAGUUCAGGAGAAAAAAAAGAAAGUCGUUAUCUUGUAUUCACGUCUUCCACCAUAAGUGAAAUUAGGUAUUUUCCCGUCGUACUGCCGGAGUCGUGCGACGAUGGCAAAGAAAUGUACAAAAAAGCGUGAUGCACGUGAAAAUUUGUUGUUUUACUAAUCUGCACCUAAUGCUUUUUUGUCAUUCUCCUUGCCGUCGCUGUCGUCAUUGCUUACGCUGACGCGUUUCACUGUUAUAUGAAAGCCGUGGACCUGUAUCCGAGAUUUUAACCUAUCCUGGCACUGUCGGUCAGUGUGCUGCCUUCUGUGCGGAAGGCUUUGACUUCGAUUCCCAGUUGUGACGUCAAAUCCUUGUUUCGAGUUCUUUCCAUUCCGUGUAGCUUUAAUUAGCUCUAAAUACGGGUAACACGGAGCACUGAUGGACAAGGGGGAGUAAAAAUGAGCGCACCGUCGGCCAGACGUUUGUCAGUCUAAAGGAACGUUAAAACGGACAACGGAAACGUGCAACUUGUUUUGCAACAUUGCUGCAAAAUGAGUCGAAUAGCGAUGUUGCGCGUUUUAUCACCCACGUUCAAACCUGUCUUGUAACAACAGAGAAUGAUAAUUUGUUGCAGGUUGCGAAAAGUUGUUGCACAAAGUAGAGAGCAGUUCUACUUUUGCAACAAAAUCUGUACAUGUUGCGCGUUUUACCCACCCAAGGAAAACUUGUCUUGCAGAAAGUGACGUAAAUCCUGUGUAUGGCGUGACUCCCGUGUAAAUUUAUCCAAUCAGAAGUUAGUAUUCACGCAAUUUGCAGCAACCAGGUUCGAACGUGGAUGGUAAAACGCGCAACAUCGCCUUUCAACACGUUCGGAGCCAUGUUACAAAACAAGUUGCGCGUUUUUGUCGCCCAUUUAAUUGUAGAUAUAGUACCGUUACGAGUUGCCGACAUAAAGUAAAGACCUUUACCUUUUUCCUUUUCCAGACUUAGCAAUUUUCAAUUAUUUCUCUUCUCCGCAGUGUACACAACACUCUUUAUCUGGAGGUACAUUGUCCAGCUGUCCGGCCUCAUUUGGUGGUGGUCUCAGAUUGUGGAAGACCCAUUUUAGACUACGCUAAUGUGUCCCUUGGUAAGAAGGACCUCACAAAGUUGUCAGUGCACAGAGAGCCCACUUAACAAAUAGACAACAAUCUUCCAUGGGCUAUACUCUUAUCGACAAGAGAAAUGAAGUUAAAAUGUACAAAACUCAAGUGAAACUUCAUUGCAAAGUUUUGAACAUUUUACCAGCGUUAUUCCUUUGGUCCAUAAGGGAACAGUCCAAGGACAAUUGUUGACGUCCCUUUCCGUCCAUCCCUCCGUUCCCAAUCUUGCAUAAGUUAUUCUUUUGAAAUGCUCCUUGGAGGACUGCACUUUCCCUACAACAUGUGAAAACAAUAACUUAUGCAAAAUUUGGGGGGUAAACAUAGUGUAUUAUGGGAGAUUCGAAAAUAGUCAGUUGUUCCUGAUUGUUCUCGACAGGUCAAUCAGAAGUGAAAUCUUUUACGAUACAAAAUAUUUCCGACGAACCUCUGAAGGUGAGCUGGCAUAUCUUUUAACCUCUGCUUCGCUUUACGGUCAUUUCGCCCCGGUUACUUAGCCCCCUAUUUUAGAACGAGGAAUUAAUAUUAUAUUUGAAGCUUGCUUGGUUUGGUUUAUGGCUUAAAGAACAUGAAAUAGUACAUUUGAAGCGCGCUUGUUUUGGUUUAUGGCUUAAAGAGCGAGGAAUAUUACAUUUGAAGCGCGCUUGGUUUGCUUUAUGGCUUAAAGAACGAGAAAUAUUACAUUUGAGGCGCGCUUGGUUUACUUUAUGGCUUAAAGAACGAGGAAUAUCACAUUUGAGGCGCGCUUGGUUAGCUUUAUGGCUUAAAGAACGAGGAAUAUCACAUUUGAAGCGCGCUUGGUUUGCUUUAUGGCUUAAAGAACGAGGAAUAUUACAUUUGAAGCGCGCUUGGUUUGCUUUAUGGCUUAAAGAACGAGGAAUACUUCAUUUGAAGCGCGCUUGGUUUGCUUUAUGGCUUAAAGAACGAGGAAUAUUACAUUUGAAGCGCGCUAAAUGACUCGAAAAUAGGGGUCUAAGUAACCGGGGCGAAAUGACCGUUUACCUCUGCUUCUGUUAACCAUUCGAGUCCCAAGAGUGAUCAAUCUGAAAUUUCUCCUCACAAUAUCAACACAUCAUCAAGAGAAAAGGUUAAAUUCUCUCAACUAAUUCUAAAGGAAAUGUAUAGAGAUCAAUCUGGAGAAUUUGUAUGUGGUUACUGGAGCUCAAGGCGGCUUACUACAUUUUUUUUCCAAUAACAGCGUGCGCGACGCGCGCUCCAGGCAAGCUACGCAAGAUCUCUCGCGCAUAGAAAAAUCGCGCGAGCGAGACAAGGAAAACCCCGAGAUCAACCUUCCGAAAAAAAUUUUCUAUUAUUCUAGGGUUUCUCAAGAAGUAACUUUGCAGCAAACUUUUUUAUACAUUUAGGUUAUUUAGUAAGCCACCUUAAAGGCUUAGUAAAAUCCAGGAUAAGCCAACUUUUGUCUUCCUUCUCGUCUUACAGCUGAGUUCAUCGUUACUAGACCCCCAUGGUCCGUUCCAGAUGCUUAACGCGUUAAGGGUCUUGGAACCACAAGCAACUCACAAUGUGGUUGUAUCGUUUGGUCCUAACGCACCUAAAGAGGUAGGAGAAUUGCUAAAUGUACACGUUUUCAUUAAGAACCGCUUUAAUAAAUGAUCUUGCAGUGAGUAUACUCUUUAUUCCAAAGUGGUGUCAAAUUUAGCUAUUUGUUAUCGUAAUAAUUGGCUUUCAAUGCCUCGUUUGAGUGUAAAAGUUUUUUUAAUUCUGCAGGUGCAAUCGAAGCAAAGACGACUAAUUCACUUGAACAAUAAGGAAUAAGGAAUAGUUUCUUUGUGUGGAUCAGUGCGGUCUUCAAAUAUCCUAACACUUAAUACAAAGACACUGAACAACACACACCCCACAACAGAAUUUAUCAACAAUAGACUCCGUAACACGAGAAAAUACAAACCCUUAAACCAUUUUCUUUUAUCGCCCAGUGGGUCCUGUAAAAACUCGACACAUUGCUAAUUGCUGCACAAAUACUUAAAGUGUUGCAUCAGUUGGUCAGUUAGAUAGCCGGUCUGCAAAUGUCGUCUUUAAAAGUAGAUUGUUCUAAUAAACUAGCCUGCGUAGCAGGCGCUCGUCUCCCUCUCGCGCGCCCGUUCUUUCAGUCUUGCGCCCACUACUUCCAAGCGCCUGCUACGCAAUCUACUAACAAACAAGAAGCUUAUUUUGAAGUAAACUCGUCCUUAUCCCUAUUGAACUUGAUAAACUAUAAAAGUAGUAAAUGCUUUUGUCUAUUUUCUUAGUUCCAUGAAGUUUUGGAGGUGCGGUGCCCCCGGAAUACUCUCUACAUCAGACUUAAAGGCAGGGGGGUACAGCCAGUCAUAUCUUUGUCUGUAGAGGAUGGUGUCCUGGAUUUAGGAGACGCUUUAGUUGGAGACACUAUUUCAUCCUCUUUCAAGGUAAAUAAAGAAAGUUCUAAGUGUCUGUUGUCCAGUUAACAGAAGACUUUUCCUGGCAACGUGUGACGGUGCGUUGUCUUGUAGGUAUUAGUUACGUUUCGAACAGAAGUUAUUCACAACAAAAUUUAAAAAUUAAAGAAUGUUGCCGUUGCUUUCAACUUUGUACAGUACAAAAAUUUUUGAGUUGAGCGCCUAGACGGAAAUACCCGCAAAAUCGGCUCAAACUAGUGAUAAGACUUUUGCCUUGUGUAAGGUCACCAAGGUUAAGCAACCAAAUGACUGAAAAAGGAGAUUUACCAGUCAGCACACUUUUAUUUUACUGUUGAAUCAUCUUCUUGUUUUCUUUUUGCAGAUUUCCAACACAUCAGAGCUGUCAAUCAAUUACUCACUCAAGCUUGACAGCUUGUCUCCAUUACGUCACAGUCGAGCACAAAUAUUACCCAGGUUCCUCCCGCCAUUCAACGAUAUGGCCGAAACGCAACAGCAUGUGCUAGGUGUGGACUGGAACUGAAUUGUGUUUCAUCUGGUUUCAAACAGUAGAUUGAUGAUAUUGAACCUGGUUUAUGUUUUCUUCCAUCAGGUCCGUCGAAUUACAACGGCAUGGCAGUGUUUGAUUGCGUACCUGCUAAAGGUGUGAUUGGCCCAGGUAAGCCAUUCCAAACUGUGUGCGGUAAAUCAACCGCAGCAUACUAACAUGAAGAAACAACAGCUAUUUUUAUCUUAUUUUAAAGUAAUUUGUCCCUGUACGGCCUAAACUAGCUGCUUUGGUCCAGAGAAGUUUUUUAAAGUAACAAUCGUAUGAAAACAAUCCGCGACAACAGAUCGUAGAUGCGGUUUAUUUAAUCAUGGUUAUUUGAGUACAGAGCUGUGGAACCACGGCAAAAGCGGCCUGUUUUUUGGUCAAAAUUAUUUAAAUGCUUUUGUUACCCUUGUAAGUUUCUUCGACAAAAAGUGAGUUCGAUAAAGAAGAAACAACCACAGACACUUUGUGACGAUUUUCUCUGUCACGUGGGAAGAUGAUCCUGUACCGAGGCAAAUUGCUUGCCACUGCCCACUCGAUCGUCUCUGUCAUCAAGUUGAACUGCCCACCCACUCAUUCCUUAGCCCAACAUUUUGCCCUUGAGUAGGAAGCUUAUUUUAACUUUAGCUUAGUGGGGAGGGGUAGGAGGGUGGAUUCCCAGAAUCUUGUACUGAUACCAAAUAUGAACAAAGUUUGUUGUAACCUGAAAUAUCAGAAAUUAUUUUUUGAGACGCUCAGUUUACUCUGUCUUAGUGAUAUCUGCAUCAAUAACGUUUGUACUUUUGUCAUUGCAGGGGAGUCAAAGGAGAUCACAAUAUCAUUUAACCCCGACCACGCCAGCGAGCUUUAUGCUGAUGAAGUUGCUGUUGAAAUUAACAGCGGGGUAAGUGGAAUAAUUUAAUGAUUGCUAAGAAUGGAGAAACUCUACAAAUUCUUGGGAACUGCAAGUUCUUGAAAGGAGAGUGAGAUAAAUCAGGAAUUUGAAAAAAAUGUUCUUGACUCCUGCAAGGUUUUAAUUUGAUCAACCGGCGCUAUGCGCUACGGGGCCAAUCGGAAGCAGGCCGGGAACAUUGAAUUAUUAAUGUCGCGGCAGUGUAGAAACACUGUGUGAAUUAACUGUGUAAGGGCGUAGCAGUCUUAAGAAGUAAAGUUUAAGAUAAAUUGUGUUUUAUUGUAAGCGCUGAGAAGCGAGAAACUUGCCCUUCGGGUCCCGGUAGUUAAAACGUUGGAUAGCGUUCUUCAACGGAUAAAUCACCAUCCAGCGGAUAAGUAUUAGGGCGACCAACUGUGUUAUCCACUGGAUAGAGAUUCAUCCAGACGAUAGUGUUAUCCAUCUUUUGAACAACUGGGGCCUGAAGUACAAGGGCUAGUCGGGAAAGUUAGAGAUAAACCAGGAAUGAGUUGAAUAUAUUGUUUUCAGUCGGCAGGCACAGAUAGGAAUUUAUGGCGAGAAGCUGUCCAUGCUAGUGCUAAGAUAAGAUGUCUUCUAAAUUUAAUAUGCUUCUGUUUUCCAUUCCAGGAUGAACCCUACUCAAUCAAGCUUCUUGGCCGCGCCUGGCAGAAUAUCGUGUACAUGAGGGGCUGGGACGAGUUGAUGCCGGGUGCUGAAUCUCUAAGAGCUGAGGUGGAAGAAGAUGAAGAAGAAGGUCUGUGUUCUAAUCGUGUAUUUAUCACCGUAGUCAAUAGUAUCACUAUUGUGGAAGCGUGUAUAGCCGAGCGGCUAACACCUCGAACUUCAGAUCUGGAGGUCCGGUGCUUUUAAAACCCUCGCCCGUCUACCGGGACGUUUCGUCACGUGAUUCACAGUAUAAAUGACGUGACAUUCUGUCCAACUCCAUCACUUGAUAAAGAUGCCGCGAUGGAAUCGAAAGCUUGCGUAGGCUAAUACGUGGGUACCAGAGAUUUUUUUUUCGCGUGCGGGGGGAUGGUUGCGGCCGACACAUCAGCUGACACACAGUAAGUCUCUGGUACCCAGAGUAACGUUUUCUAUCCUUGGGAUUUGAAACCUUGUUUAGUUCACUUUCGUGACGAGGACGACUGCAAGAAUGAGAUUUUCUCAAUACUAAGUAGUGUACGCGCGCGAACCAACGUCAUUUUGGCGGGAAAAUGUGGUAGCCGUCGUCAGUAGGCUUGGAUAAAUUCUGCUCGUAUAGUAAAAUGGCUUAUUCUGCCUGCCGGCAGUGCCCGUAAAAAUCGCUUAUUGUGCUCAAAAUUCUGCUAGGACACCUUUAUUCUGCUCGGUAUCCGAAAAAAAUUUCCCCCCCAAAAUUUUAAUUAUUAUUAAUUGUUGAUUUUUUUUUUCAGACGGAAAAGCAAUCCAAAAGGUCGUCCUGUUGACGAUGAAGAGUGUUUCAACUCCUGAGGGCUUUGAACCGGCAGAAAGAGCUGUGGAAAUCGGCUGCAUCAAAUCCAGUAUACAAACUAAAAAGGUACGGUGUGCUUCUAACAUAUUCACACACCUUAUCCCAAAAAAUUGUGGCUACGAUACUUUCUGUUAUGUUUAUAUUAAUUAGCCCUCUUUUCCUCGAUUGCAUCUGCAGAAUACCUUUUACCUUGAAAUUAGGCAUUGAAGGCAAAUUAUCAUGAGGGCAAAAGAAUAACUAAAUUCGCCCCUCAUUUUAGAAUAACGCGUAUUGUUGACUCCGCGCGCGUUGUUUCAGGUUAAGCACCAGGCGACAAAGAACUUUCAGGAACGAACCUCUUGUUGUUUUGUCAUAAAACAGUCGUAAUGAACUGAGUUUUACGUUCAUAACUCUUGAGUUAUUUGCUCAUGUUUAGCUUCAGUUUCGGUUUAGAUUCUGCUUAGUUUAUCUUAUAUUAAGAAUUUCUUCCUUGUUUGCAGUCUAGUGACUUUUAUUUCGAUAAUCCUAAAGAAGCAAAUGAGAGAGGAUUCAGCUUCGAACCUUUAAAGGUUAGUGCCAGUUUUUCUUGUCAAAGCAACUUUUAAGAACAUUGUGGGUUAUUUGAGUCCUACUACCGCCGUAGAAAUGCUGUCCUUUCUCAAAUCUCAAAUCUCAAAUCUCAAAGCUUUAUUUUAACACGGUAAAAAUUCAUCAGGUUUUUUGUUACAUGUGAAGUAUAAACUACAUAACAAUAUUUAAUAAUAAUAAAUACAUAUCUAAAGAGUCUCAUAAAAAUACUACGCAAAAUUACACUAAACUAUACCUGUUUUCCAUGAAUGCCGUGCAUCUAACUUAACUAAAAUGAAAGGUUCCUUUCUCUUGUGUAUGUUACUUUUAACAUCUCUUCUUCAAAGAAUUUCAAUAUAAUCAAAAUUCAAGAAAAUCAGAAGAUUUCUAGAAAACCAAAAUAUAUUCUACUGCUCUCUACACUAUCUUAUUUGGGAUGCAUUUGAUAAUCUCAGCAAACAUUUUGCAUAAAUAAUAAAACAAUCAUUGAAUUCGGCUGUCGUAUGAUCUGAAGAAUUAUGCAGAUCCCCUCGAUUUAAUUCUUCACGUCCUACUCAGCGUCAUUUAGUAAUUGCUUAUUAUAUAAUCGUAUGUUCCUCUCUGUUGUAGGCGGGAGUAGAUAUCGGCGUUAAGAAGAAUAUCGUGUUUCGAUGGCAACCUCCACCUGGACAUGACGUAAGUGUUGAAGUCUUUUUAGUUGUGAAACUUCUUCCGGGGGUGGGGUACUUCCUUAUAAGAGGCUAAUGGGGAUGUGCCGCUGGAUGGGGUCGCAUUUUCAAUAGAGUUACUAGAAUGGGGUUGCACAUUUUCUGAGUUUUGGGGUAAGACAGUUCUUCAUAUUUACGGUUAGCGAACGUACCAGAAUGUUUGUUUAAAUAGAAAGUGACUAAGUUGGGAUUGCGAAAAUUACAUAUUUGCCCAAAAGUGACUAAGAUGGGGUCUAUAAUUGGCCACAGAACAGACUAUAAUGAGUUAGGGGCUCUGAAAGGCCAGCAGCACAUACCCGGCAAAAAUUAACCCUAGUAACCCUCCCCGGGAAACUUCUUCAGUACAGGGUAUGAUUUUGCGGUUGUAUUUCUUAUGGUCUGUUAAAUGGCAGAUGAGUAAUAAGAAAUAAUGCCAUCUUCAAUCUUCCUAAGCAACGAGGCACACCAUUGUAAACUGUAUCACAACCAACGGAGGUAUAUCAUAAACUGUAUCAUAACAAAUUGGUGCCACAACGUUCUGUUCUAGUUCAAGUUCUUUCGACCCUUGAACGAUUAAAAAUCAAAAUCAGUGUAAAAAGGAGAAGAAUCUUGAAGGCACAGAAGUUUCGCGGUUUGGGAAAAAUGUACCAACUUUCAAGAUUUUAUGUGAAGGUCAGCCUGUAUGAAGAUCAAGCGUUCGCAAUUUAACACUCUUCGGUGGUUGAGUUAAGACCGCAGACAUCCAAGAUCACUCUUCUCGUGAGCUUGGUGGACCUUUUGUAAGAGUAACAUUAUUACCCCCCCCCCCAACGAACUUUUUUUUACCUCUGCAUUUUGAAAUAAACUCACGAACAUACACCAGCCUAACAGUACAAUUGUGUUUUUCUUCCCCAGCCUAAUGAACCUGUUAACACGAGCACAAUGGUGAGUAUUUUGUGAUAUAGCCCGCGUAGCCGGCGAGGUCGUUAUUUAGGGCGGCAAAGUUUUGGCAGAGGAGCUGCGAAGCCGUGCGGAGAAUGGGGAGGAGACUCUUUAAAAUCUAUCGGCGCUCGCCUCUCGCGGUCCAAAACUGUCACUUGCGCAAAAACAAUUCCGCCAGUUACGCGGACUGUGUGGUCGCAGCGUCUUUACUUCAUAUACUCUAAAAAUUGCAUUUUCCAACUUUUACAUCAACAUUACCCGAGUCGCUAAGUUAAUCUAUGGUCUUAAGGGCAUCAUGUUCCGAGUUCGUUCCAGUAACCCUCACCUUCAAAUGUAAGCCACAUACGAAACUUUUCACGUGAAAGUGAACUUUAUUUGCUCAAAAAUAAAAGGAUAUUUUCCAUCAAACUUUGCACUUCAUACUUCGUUUUGAAAAAGGGGCCAGAGACAACUCGAAAAUGGUCUGUUAGUUGCUAACUGGUCUCCAUUCUUCUCUGUUGAAUGUCUGCUGAAUAUAUCGCGCGCGGUAUUCAGCAGAGGCGACGGUGGACCAGACAGAAUUUUGGAUGAGGGAAGGAGGAAAAGCUGAGCGAAACCGAUUGUUUAAAAAUGUUGAUACGUGUCUCGUAAGUAAGUUUGUCACUACUAUAACCUUACACACAAACAUCAGCUUACUGCUUGCAUGAAAAGUAGUAAUCUCUUGUAUUCUCUGUACAGUUGACAGUCAAGAGUGACGUCACCACUCAGUACAAGAUCCUGCUGCAAGGACUGAUUACCACGGAACCUAAAGACCCGGAUGCUCCUGGCCACGUGGUCGAAGUCGAAGAAACGUGAAUUUUUUCGUCUACAAGUAGUUGUCUAUUUCAUAUGGCUCUGAGCAGCUUAUCUGCGAUGUAUAAAGCAGAGAGAGAGUAUAUUGUGAUGUUGAGUACGUUUUAUGAAAUACCGGCUUGAACUUGAAAAGGAAUUCUUCUCGGACAAGAAAAAAAACCGUAUUGACAGUACGUGCUCAAAGUUUAUGUAAAACUAUGCCAAGGUAUUUACUCGGAGAUUUGUAAAGACUUGACGUGAUUUUUAUGAAUUGCCUUUUUUUGCUUUAUCAGUUGCAACUGUAGCUAUUUUUGUGAGCUGCAUUUUUCGCUUAGCUCAGAUUUGUAAAGGACUGCAUUCACAUCGCCGCGUUUGAAUACUUUCGUGUGUUGUGGUAUCUGGGUCGUUCACACCAAUUAUUGAUAUAAUUAAGUGUUGUUUAGGUGAAAACAUGUUCUAAAACGGAUAUCGUGACGACGGGUCGUGUGAA